AGCCGCAUUAGUCUUCUCCCAGCGUUGUUGGAGGCAACAUGUGAAUUGCGCGCGCUUGUACAACGGCUUUUCACACGAUAUCGACGUCGCGACAAUUGUGGAAGUCGGCUUACCGAUAUGUACAUAUCAUGAUGGUGUCGCGCAACAUUUCGAUCCUAGCGACCGUCGGCGUGUUUAUUUUAGCUGUCGGUGUUUGGUGCGAAGAAGAUCAAACAACCGAGCCGUGGCGGAAACUUCCCAAACUCUACGAUUACGAUGAUUUCGAUGACUGCAGGCGUGCGAACCCCGAGUACGAGUACUGCGUAGUGAAGGCACACCUCGAAGAGAACACAAAAUCAGCUCUGUGGCGCCAGAUCAGUAGAUAUUCUGCAGACCCGAGGCACUACAGACGAGAUGUGCUGGAGCUGGGCAUAUGCGUGGAUCGAUGUAAUGCCAUUAUCGAUCGGCCCCCAGAGAAUGACACCAGAACAAAUCGUGCCUCAAGCUGUUCCACCGAACGUGUGUGGUUAAAUUAUGCGCUAAAUUCCACUUCUCACGUUUCAAAUUGCGUGUCAGCAGAAACCGCAGACUUCCCACCGGUCGGGCUACCCGAAAUACUGUUCGGUGCGCUUUUCGGCAUCCUUUUAGCGUUGGUUAUAUCGACUACAAUAAUUGAUGUGAAAUAUUUAACUGGAAAAGAUGCUUUGCUGGUCAAGGCAUUUUCGUUGUCAACGAACUUGAGCAAGUUGGGCGCGCUGAGUUCAAGAUCCAGACAAGAUCUAUUGUUCCUCGAUGGGGCUCGUGUCGUGACCAUGAUGGUAAUUCUACUGUGUCAUGCAACCAUUCCGAUGAUUCGGUUUCCGCUGAAGAAUCCCGAGAUACUGGAACAACAGUUUGUCAGCUGGUGGUUCCCAAUUGCCCUCGCCGGAAAUACGUACACAGUGCAGAUAUUCUUCAUCAUUGGCGGAGUGGUGCUAGCGGUCAACUUUAUGGAUCAUAUCAAAGCUCACGCGAAGUUCAAUCUAUCGUAUUUAUGGAGCAAAAUCAUAAAUCGAUUGAUACGAAUUCUUCCGGUGUACGCGAUUGUGAUUUUCUUCCAAGCAUCCUGGUAUCAGCGAAUGAGCGAUGGACCGAUCGCGUACCGAUACAAGGAUUACUGUCGAGAUAAUUGGUGGACAAAUAUGCUGUUUGUAAACAACUACAUUAACCCCAAUGAGCCGUGUGCGCAAUUUACCUGGUAUUUGGGUGCUGACUUUCAGCUAUUUCUGGCAGGAUCAACGAUAAUGAUGGUGAUUUGGAAAUUUCCAAAAAUAACUCAAUCUAUAAUCUACACAAUGAUUGCGUUUGCUUUUGUCGUCCCAGCUGUGAUAAUUUACGUGUAUAAUUUAGAUGCAACGGUACUAGUUCUAUCCAGAUACAUAGCGAAUGAGAUUCGGGAGCUGGGAUACUACAUAAACAUCUAUGUAACAUUCGAAAGUAACGCAGGAAAUUAUUUUUUCGGGAUGAUAAUGGGACUGGUUUAUCACAAACUUGUUGAAAGCGGCAAAAAAAUUGAAUCGUCUCAGAGCUUUAAAGCAAUGUUCUUCCUCGCGGCUUUCUUCUUCGUGGCCAUGAACGCGAUGACUGUUAUGUUACCUCGUGAGCAACUGGAAGAACCCUAUCUUCUAACAGCAGUCUUCGGUUCUCUCCUGAAAAGCUCCUGGGGCAUCUUGUUCACGUUCCUGCUGCUGUUCCUAAGUUUCCGGCCGGAGUGUCUUUUUGCCUCAUUCCUUCAGCAUCCCAUAAUGCUUGUGGCAGCCAAGAUAAGCUAUUGCGUCUACGUUGUUCAGUACACCGUGAUUUACCUGAUCUAUCGUAAUGUCACAACCCCACUGAUGCAUAACGCAUUCAACAUGAUAUUUUUUACGUCGGUCGUUCUGUUCAUUACACUUCUCACAGGUUUGCUACUGCACGUCUGCGUUGAGGUGCCAUUCAUGACAUUGUUUAAGGAGCUACUUGAGCCAAAGCUGCCACACCCGAUCUCAACCGUUUCAAAGAAGCGAGCGGACUGUCAAUCUACGGAUAAAACUAUGGAGCACCAAAUCAUAAGGUAGCCGGUGGUAUUUAUUGUACAAUAAACGGCACGGUAAAACAGGUA